AUGGAGACGAAAACCCUGCCCCUGUACUCGCAGAAAGACCUCAAGUCGCACGCGUCGCGCGACGACUGCUGGGUCGCGUUGUACCAACGCAAGAUCUACAACGUGACGCGGUUCCUCGACGAGCAUCCAGGUGGAUCGCAGCUGUUGCUCGACUACGCGGGCCAAGACGUGACGGAGAUCAUGAAAGACAGCGCGUCGCACGAGCACUCCAACGCUGCGUACGAGAUUCUCGACGACGAGUACCUUGCCGGGUACCUGGCGACGCCCGAAGAAGAAGCCAAGCUGCUCCAGAAGGGCUCUGGCCACGAGAUGGAGGUGCGGCUCGACACGGACUACGAUUCGACCGUUUUCGUCGCAGAGGUGCCUCCGGAAGAAAAACUGAGCAUCGCGACGGACUACUCACGUGACUACAAGCGUCACAAGUUCCUGGACCUGAACCAGCCCUUGCUGUGGCAAGUGCUGUUCGGGAGCUUCAGCAAGGAGUUCUACCUGGACCAGGUGCACCGGCCUCGCCACUACGGCCGCGGGUCGGCGCCUUUGUUCGGAAACUUCCUCGAGCCUCUUUCCAAGACCGCCUGGUACGUGAUUCCGAUCUGCUGGGUGCCCGUCGUGCUAUACCACUUCCGCAUCGGGCUCCAGAACUUGCCCGCGCCGUUCGCGGUGUUUCUGUUCGCGCUCGGGAUGUUUGUGUGGACGCUGAUCGAGUACGGCCUGCACCGGUUUCUGUUCCAUCUAGACGCGUAUCUGCCCGAGAACCAGGUCGCGUACACGAUGCAUUUUUUGCUGCACGGUGUCCACCAUUACUUGCCCAUGGACCGGUACCGCUUGGUGAUGCCUCCCACGCUUUUUUUGGUGCUUUGUACGCCAUUCUACAAGCUGGUAUUUGCGCUUUUGCCUUACAACUGGGCCUGUGCCGGUUUUGCCGGUGGUCUGAUGGGCUACGUGUGCUACGAUCUGUGCCACUACUUUUUGCACCACGCCAAGUUGCCCUCUUACCUGCGUAAGCUCAAGAAAUACCACAUGGAACAUCACUACAAAAACUACGAGCUUGGGUUCGGGGUCACGUCUUGGUUCUGGGACAAAGUGUUUGGCACUUACCUUGGUGACAACGCGCCUUUGUCAACGAUGAAGUUUGAAUAG